AUGGAAUGGAACACAUCUAAAACACCCGUGAUCCUCCUGCUCCACUCACCCUUCCCCUCCACUCCUCUGAUAUUUCCCUACCUCACCAACCCUUGCCGGCAAAGGAAAUCUAUUCAUCCACCCCUCUUCUACAUCCCCCUCCUCCUUGCCUCCUUACUGCCUCCUCCUUGCCUCCUUACUGCCUCCUCCUUGCCUCCUUACUGCCUCCUCCUUGCCUCCUUACUGCCUCCUCCUUGCCUCCUUACUGCCUCCUCCUUGCCUCCUUACUGCCUCCUCCUUGCCUCCUUAUUGCCUCCUCCUUGCCUCCUUAAUGCUUCCUCCUUGCCCCUGCUCCUCCUGCUCCUGCUCCACUACGCCUCUUUCCCCUCCUCCCCCACAUCAUCUAUCGCCUGCUUGGCCAGCUCAUACCCAGCAAAGUUCAUCUCCUCCCCCCUCUCCCCCCCCUUCGCAACUCCUCGUAUCCCUCGCUCCUCUCCUCCCCCGACUCCUUUUCCUUAA